GGAAGGUGGUAGAUAUUCGGUUGAUUUGGGUAACCUCCAACGCAAUCGAAUGAACGAGAUUGGGAGGAAGAAAUCCCGCAAAGGUAAAGAACUUGCCGGUUCUUCAUCUCAAAACCAAGAUGAUUUUGAAACGGGUUACCAAAGGCGAGAUGGAGAUGCGAUGUCCGAAGAACAACUCCAACAAGAAUUGGCCCGACAUAAUAACCGCUUUCUACAACAACAACAAAUGCCGACGACCAUUGACGAAGAGGAGCUUGAGGAUGAAGAUGCGGAGGAAUUGGAACCGGAGACGGCCGAGGAGGAGGGUGCCGGAAGCCACGACGCCGACGAGCCUGCCUCAUCCCAAACCGCCACCGGUAAUAAAAAAAGUAAGUCUGAACUAAUGAAAAAUAAUUUUGAUAAAUGGAAGGACCCACAAACCGGCUAUUGGCACGCAACUUGCAAGUAGUGCAACAACAAUUAUAGUUUGCGAACCUCCGGCGGAUACGGAUCCGCCGCAAGGCAUCUUAAGGCAAAGCACCCCGUGGAGUAUGCAAAAUUAGGCGGCGGAACGGGGAAGCAAACUCAAAUAUCGAGACUAGUGGAAGUCAAAAGAAAGAACGUUCCCGAUUUUAGCACGGAUGGCUAAGCAAGUACUAUCAAUGUCGGUUUCAACAGUUGCUGUGGAACAAGAAUUUAGUUCGGCCGGCAACGUCCUAACGGCAUCUAGAUCGAGAUUGAGCGCGGAGUCUCUUGAGACGCUUAUAUGCUACCACGAUUGGUUGAAGGCCGCACGUAGAACUCAAGAAUUGAGCAUCACCCCCUCCCAAGAUU